CCGGGCCAUCGCAACCGCACCCACGCCACGCCGCCGCCCGCCUCCCCCCACCGCUGUUUGUUCGCCGCCCGCCCGCCGCCUCAUAACCCGGGCGCGCUCGCUUUCCCGAGUCACAACGUUAGCCUACGCACGCCACCGACCCCCACCGGUCCCCGUCCCUCUCGAAUCCCUCCGUGCGCGCCGCGAUGGACGGCUCCUCCAAGGGGAUCGGCGGCGCCGCCGCCGACAAGCCCAGCCCCGACCACGACCAGAACGCUAGCCCCAACGUCCCGGCGCUCGCAGCCGCAGGAGACGACGGCGCCUCGGCCGCCGCCGCCGCGGCGGGGACGGAGGGGAGGCGGCCGUUCACCAGCCUCAGCCAGGAGGAGGCGGACCUCGCCCUCGCCCGCGUCCUCCAGGAGCAGGAGCGCGCGUACAUGAUGCUGACCGCGCAGUACGGCGGCGGCGAGUACGCGAGCUCGGACGCCGGGAGCUAUGACUACGACGAGGACGAGGGGAGCGACUACGAGGAGGAGGAGGAGGAGGGAGGUGGGGACCCGAUCGACGAGGACGAGGCGGUCGCCGGCGCGGAGGGGACCGCGGCGGGCCCCGCGCGGGGGUACGAGGACGACGAGGGGUUCGCCCGCGCCCUGCAGGACGCCGAGGAGCGCGACGUCGCCGGCAGGCUCAUGGCGCUUGCCGGGAUCGGUGAUUGGCGAGCGAUGGAGCAGGAUGAUGACGAGGAGGUUGAGGAAGAAGAUGGUGGGGAUGAUCCACAGGAUGCAUGGGAAGAUGUUGACCCAGAUGAAUACUCUUAUGAGGAAUUAAUUGCAUUGGGUGAAGUUGUCGGUACGGAAAGCAAAGGCCUAUCUGCUGAUACUAUUGCCUCGCUACCUUCAGUAACUUACCAGGCACAAGACAAGCAAGAAGGCAACAUGGAACAAUGUGUUAUUUGCCGUGUGGAGUUUGAUGAAGGUGAAACAUUGGUUGCACUUCCUUGCAAACAUCCAUACCAUUCUGAGUGCAUAAACCAGUGGCUGCAAUUAAACAAGGUUUGCCCGAUGUGCAGCGUUGAAGUUCCCACCUCAGUGAGUAAGAAGCCAUAGCUGCUUUGCUGGGAAGGAAUAGCGGCAGCCAGCAGCCUGAUAUUUAUCUGCCAUUAGUGAAACGAAAGCAGUGGUCAACUGUUGAGUUGUUCAGGGAAACAAGGGAAAUGGCCGUGUCUGUCUCCCUGUUUUCUUCAGUUCAAUUCAACAGGUUUAGUCGCCCCCUGUGCGGCUGUAACUGCUCCUGCUGCUGACUUUCGUGGCCAUGCCGCUGGUUAUUUAUGCAUUGCAUUAGACUGCUGAUGAUUCGUGCAUGAUUCGUUGUUUGUAGAUGUAAAAUGACAAUCAUAUCAAUAGCCAAUAGCCAUUCUUUUAAAUCUUAGUCUGA